GCAACAAUGAAGAAUAACUACAGGAUAUAUAUAAUUCAACACAGGGGGAACGCCAGCUUGUCCCGAUGUGUCAUCUCUCAUAUUUGGUGCAAGUGAGUUAUCGCAUCUCACUAAUAGGUCAAUUAAUACCUAGCAGCUCUCAUGUAUCCGUGGCAGUAAUGAAUCCUACGCGUAGUAUUUUCUCGUGGAUUCUUACCGCAGCAAUCCAAGCGACCGGGACUGCGGCCGGCCCCGACUCAGCGGCGCCACCAACGGUCGAUCUCGGGUACGCGACUUACCAGGGCUACUACAACGACACCUACGAUCUUAAUAUUUGGAAGAGUAUUCGUUAUGCUGCUGCUCCUAUCGGAAAGUUGCGGUGGCAAGCGCCUCAGCUUCCCGUCUGGAACAAUACACAAGUGACACCGGCGGUCAAACAGCCACCUCUAUACCCACAGACGGGAGCCUAUGGUAUCCCCGAAGCCUACGGCUUUAAUUCUGGCCCAGGGGAUGAAGAUUGUCUCUACCUCAACGUGUAUGCAACUCCUAACGCCUCGAAUUUGCCCGUCUUACUUUGGAUACAUGGAGGUGGCGACUCUGUUUUCGGAGCUACUUACGAUUAUUGGCGGCGAGUCGUCAGGUGGUUUCUACGACGCAGGGCUACUUCGGCAGCUUCGCAUUUCUACCGGUCAUAGAUGAUGAUUAUAUACAGGAACAGCUAUCUAUGCAGCUCUCGCAGAGGAAGGUGAAUGGGAAAAGAAUUCUCGUUGGUAAUAACGCCAAUGAAGGCGUACCCCUAACAAACCCUUAUGUCGAAGCCAAAGAGAAAUACGACAGCUUCAUCUCGAACACGUUCCCUUUAUUCACCCCGGAAGACGUCUUAUCCCUUAAUACUGUUUAUAGCAUUGAUUCCUUACCUAGUGACGAUGGCAUUCCGUAUGACACUCUCGGUUCCGAUUGGCUCGGAUGGAAAUAUCGAGUGGCCGGAAUUCACUCUAGAGAAUAGAGUACAGAUGAAUUUGAACACUACCGGGGGAGAUGUGUCUAAAGUGACGGUGCCUCCUUACCUGAGUUAUUAUAGACGGGAUGGUCCUGGCAUUGUGGAUACUUUCAACCUCACCGACUCGUACACUUGGGAAGUUGGCCGUGGUCGGCGCUGCGAUUUCUGGCGUGUUGUUUCCGAGAGAGUACCGCAAUAGACCCCAGAUAGCCUGGCCUUCAGCUCUAGGCUUGAUGGCAAUGUGUAGAUAUCUUGAGCUAUUAAUUGAAUAGGUAAUUUCC